AUGGCGGGAGGCGGCAGUGGAGAAGGAGCCUCGUUGGAGUAUACCCCGACAUGGAUAGUCGCGCUCGUUUGCACUAUUAUUGUUUUCGCCAUAUCUUUGCUUGCCGAAAGAAUUCUUCAUUUUUCCGGCAAGUAUUUGCUGAAGAAAAACCAGGGCUCUCUGUAUCAAGCCCUGCUCAAAAUCAAAGAAGAAUUGAUGUUGAUGGGGUUCAUAUCUCUAAUGUUGGCCGUGUUUCAAACGAGAAUCGGUAAAAUAUGCAUUCCCAAGAGGUGGAUGAACCAUUGGCUCCCUUGCAGUAAUUAUCAUGAUUAUAAUAAAGCAGCAAAAUCAACUGCGCAUUUCGAGGCCUUCUCACGCCGCCUAUUGGCAGAGGCAGCUGACGGCAAAAGUUAUUGCGAGGCCAAGGGAAAGGCGCCGUUGUUAUCAGCUGAAGCAUUGCACGAUCUCCAUAUCUUCAUCUUCGUGCUGGCCGUGACUCAUGUCGUGUUCUCUGCUUUGACAUUUGUCUUUGGGGGAUCAAAGCUAUGGGAAAUAAAAUUACUCAUGUUGGAGACAAUGCUUUCAUCAGAAAGCGGUUAUCGGGCGCCAGCAAAGUCGGUUUUUUCAGAUGGGAAAGAAGUUGCCCAAAGACGCACGGCAGUCACUGGUGAUUUAGUCGUCAAUCCUUCAGAUGACCACUUCUGGUUCCACAGGCCUCGUCUUGUCCUUGUGCUGAUUCACGUGAUUCUGUUUCAAAACGUGUUCGAGAUUGCUAUUUUCUUCUGGAUGUUGGUGAUGUUUGGUUUCGACUCGUGCAUUAUGGGUAAAAUUGGUUUUAUCGUUCCUAGACUAGUCAUAGGUUAUAGCACUCUACCGCUCUACGCCAUCGUAGCUCAGAUGGGAAGUUCGUUCAACAGUGCAAUAUUCGAGGAUCAUAUACAAGAGAGUUUAGCAGGUUGGGUGAAGAAGGCAAAGCGUGACAAGGGACCAAAGAAGGCUGUUGGUGCCGUUUCUAAUUAUCACGACUCGCCUUCUCCACAAAGGGUUGAGAUGAAAGAGAUCCAAGUGAAGGUUGAUACAAAGGAACAAAAGGGCAAAGAACCAGAAAUCGAGCCAUCUGUGUAA